GCUAUUUCUCUCGGUCGCUUUCAGUUUACCGAAAACACGUUUAUUUCCAAACUACACAAAGUACUUUUUUAUCCGCCUAACGCUCGCGGUGAGAAUUCGCAAUGUUGUACCCGUCGGACCACGUUGAAUGGCUUGAGAAGCUCAUUUCCUUCGACUCGACGAGUCGGAACUCGAACCUUGACAUUGUGACGUUCCUCAAGGAGUACCUGGAGAGCGUCGGUGUGAAGUCCGAGGUUCUCUUCAACGAGACGAAACAGAAGGCGAACCUGUUCGCCGUCCUCCCCUCACAGAGUGGUGCGACGACUGGUGGCAUCGUUCUGAGCGGGCACCUAGAUACUGUUCCCGUGGAUGGGCAAAAGUGGAACUCCAAUCCCUUCAAGGUAGAGGCGAAAGGGGACAAAUUUUUCGGUCGCGGCACGUGCGAUAUGAAGGGGUUCGUCGCGGUGUGCAUGUCGCUUGUGCCGCAGAUGCUCAAGAUGCCGCGUGAUCGACCGGUGUACCUCGCGUGGACGUACGACGAAGAGGUGGGCUGUCUGGGUGGUCGCGCUCUCACGCAGUACCUGAAGUCGAAGCAGAUCAAGCCCGACGGCUGCUUGGUGGGUGAGCCGACGUCAAACAAGGUGAUCGUGGCGCACAAGGGCAUCUGCGUAUGGAGGGUGUACGUGAAAGGAAGAGCGGCGCACUCCUCCUACGCCCUUACGCCGGCAAGCUGCAACGCUAUCGACUAUGCCGCGAAGCUUAUUGUCAAAAUUCGUGAGAUCGCGGAGGACAUUGUUGAGAACGGUGCGAACGACCGUUUCUUCGACGUGCCGUACACGACCAUGUCGACGAAUGUGAUCAACGGAGGUAUCGCCAUCAACACCGUCCCGGAGGAGUGCACCUUCAACUACGAGUUCCGCAACCUCCCGCAGAUGGCGCAGGAAGCCAUCCAGAAGCGGGUCUCGGACUACGUGGCGGCCGAGCUGCUGCCGAAGAUGAAGAAGGAGUACAGCGACGCUGAGAUCAGCAUCGACAACCUGGCUCAGGUUCCGUCGUUUCCGGACGUGGAGGAAAAAGACCCCUUUGUGGCGCUGGUGCGUGCACUUACGGGUGACAAAGAAACCCGCAAGCUUGGCGGUGCCACAGAGGCAGGUCAGUAUGCUCUCAUUGGUGUCCCAGUACUGGUGUGCGGCCCUGGAAGCAUCACUGUGGCGCACCAGGCAAACGAGUUUGUGCCGAAGAAGGAUCUGGAAGACAGCUGCCGCCUUGUGCUCAACCUUGUGAAAAAGAACCAGGGUAUGAAGGCCCACAUGUAA